AUGGUAUGUUACAUUUGUUUACAACAUAAUGAUCAUAAUGUUGUAUCAAGUUCAUUGGAAACACAUGAAAUUAUACUUAAAUAUUCAAAUUUAUUUGAUUUUGAUCAAUUAUUCAUUUCAACCCAAAUUGGAUCUAUAGAAGAAAAUCGUGUUAGUGAAGCCUUAAAAACAGAUAUUACAUAUCUUUUAUCUUUAUGUGAACACGGUAAUCUACAUGUACGUGGUGCAUGUGCAAAUUUACUUGUUACAUUAAUUCCAACAACAAAUCAUCUUUUAACACUAUCAUCAUUAUCAAAUUCUUUUAUUAAUCAAUGUUCACUUGUAUCAACUGAUUCACAAGAUAGUUCAAGAUUAUAUGUCUUAAUGAUAAUAAUGGACGUUCAUGCAUUUACAAUCAUAGGAAUUAAAUUAUUAGAAGAUUCUAUUCAACAUACUACAAGUUCCUGUAUUCUUGCUAAAUUUGCUCUAGCUCAACUUAUAGAUGAUAUUGAUUUUCGAAUAUUAACUUAUCUUGAACAACAAUUAAAACAACAGUACCCUGAUAUACGUGUUCGUCAAGCAAUUACUUCGACUUUUGCUAAGUUUGUUGAUCACAAUUCAUUUUUACCAUGUCAAUGGAUAUAUAAAAUUCAUCAUUCAUUACAAGCUCAAGCAUCAACUCGAAUACAAAUUGUUUAUCAACAACAAUUCGACCAAUUUUUUCAUAAUCAAUAUGAUGAACUUCGUUUAUUUAUAAAUUUUUUUAAACAUCCCUUUAUAUUACAUGAUCUUAAUAAUUUAAUCUUUUCAAAUUUAUCAAAUCUCAGCAAACGAAAAAAUGUUUUGAAAGUAGCACAAAUGAUUCAAAAUGAAAAAGAUUCAUCAACAACAUCAAAUACAGACAAAGUUAAAAAAGUUAAUCAUACACAAUUAGGUACUUUUGGAAAUUAUCCGAAUUAA